UAAAUCCCCAGACCUAUGUAAGGAUCCGAGACUAAUCUCUGGGGAGAGGGUAUCCCACGUGAUCAAAGGGAUAAAGCUAGCAAUUCUGCGUCUGAGAAGAAUCGAUUCCUGACCAAGACCAACAGGGCGACUCUUCCACCAAGAUAGAACCACUAGCCCACCACCUCUGGUUAAUGGGUGCAAAUGGUUGGAUGCAAAUGAAUGAAUGAUUGGAAAAAACUGGAGUUGAAAUAACUGUUAUUCAACUUACUUAUAAAAGGAUACAUUAGCAUGUUUUUUCUUAUUGAUGUUUUAAAAAGUGGUACAAUAAAAGUAGUAAGAUUUGGAUAAAGUGAGCUCCUGGAUCCGAGUUGGUAUACCUUUUUAAAGUUUUUUUUUGUUUUCUCUCUUUUGGUAAUUUCCUGCAAGAAGUGAGUGGUGGAAGAAAGGAAGCUGCGUACAUGGAGACCCAAGGAUUCAUAUUGAAAAGAAACACCCUUUAUUAUAAUAAUAAUAACUCAGGUCUCUUUCUCUCUUUUUCGAAGAUGUAACCAUCUUCAUUCAAGGAAUCAAAUCUUUGUUUCUGAAAAAUGUCUACAGGAUGUCUCACUUGUUUCAAAGUCAUGUGUUUCAAGAAGAAGCAGAGCAAGAAAGAAGACGAACCCGUGAAAGCAGAGAUAUUGCCAGAGCCAUUUGGUGAAAAAGAUAAAAAUGAAGGGGAACCUCUGAAAACAGAGAGAUUGCCAGAGCCGGUUGCAAAAAAGAACAAAGAUGUAAAAUACAGCUCGUGCAAGAAGAUGCCUGAAGAAUGCAUGUUCAAACCCAAACCAGAAUAUGAAGGGGCCUCGCAUGUAAGCACCAACUAUCUUGGACCGCAAGUCAACGAUUUUUAUGAAGAUCAUCACUACGCAGAAACAGAUGUAUCUUCUUCGCCAAUGAAUAAUGAAUUCAACAAAGUCAAGACCUUUGAUAUACGAGGAGUCACAGAAACUGCCGCUAAGUGACUAAGAGAACUUGUACUGCCUCUCUUGAUAAUGUUAUCUUGUCUUGAGCCACUGAUUUCUACCUUUUUUUGUAUUUGGUUACAUGUUUAUCAAAUACAAGCAUAUAUUUUUGAAGGUUAAACAAUUAAAAGUGUUCAAAGAAAAUAUAUAUACAAGAUUCAAGAAUCAGAACACUUAACUAAGUUAACUUAAGAAAUCAUUCAGUAUGUUUACGUGUACAAAUUUAGAACCUCUCACUUUUCUUCUGGAGGACGGAAAUAGCUAUAAGCUGCAAAGAAGACUUGUAAAGCUGCAAAUAUAAGAAGCAACAACGCUGCAACUGACGAUGCAAAUGUCCAUGGACUAUCGAAAUGCGUAUGAAUAAACUCUGCACA